UCACGUAGCAGCUUACUUAUACCGUCCAGCAUAGCCCAGAUAUAAACCCAUCGCCUUGCCAUCGCCCACAACAUACUUCAAUCUCUCUCACAUCCCAUACUCCAUCUAGUCUCAUAAUGGUUGCUGAAAUUUCUACCGCGGCACAGCUCAAGGAGUUAACCACUGAUGCCAGCAAGCUGACUGUCAUAGACUUCACUGCGAGUUGGUGCCCUCCUUGCCAGGCAAUCAAGCCGGUCUUUGAAGGCCUUGCGAAUGACAACGCCAAUGUGAACUUCGUCAAGGUUGACCUCUCCGAAGGCACGAACGAGCUCGCCACCAUGUACUCCGUCACUGCUAUGCCAACCUUCAUUUUCCUGGUAGGCGCGGAAGAGGUGCACAGGAUCCGUGGCGCUAACCCGGCUGGCCUCAAAUCGGCUAUCGCGCAACACGCCAAACCCGCAUCUUCUGCCUAACUGCCGCAUGGUCGAAUACGAGUCCUCAAGCGAAAGUUUUGAUUGCGCUUUGUGCAGCAUAUGUAUUUUUCUGGCUGAUAUAGAAAAGAACGAAUAUUGUAGAUCAGGUUUCGCGCUGGUGUAUUACGUACAGAUACGAUAUGCAUCCAAUAGUCAUCGGAUUUAUGUUU